AUGGGCCCUCUUCGACUACACGCACACACUGACAAGUCUCAACUUCCUCAGUGGGAGGUGGGCAACGAACCCUAUAGCGUACCUUGCAUCUUAAUCGGUCCGGUGUAUCAUCGAAUUCUCGGGAUCCGUGGUGGAAUUGAAACUGUCAGUUUUGCCAUUGACGGCAAUUACCUCAAAAAGGCGCGAGAGGUCCUAAAGACAGCAGGGCUGUCACGUCAAUGUAAAGACGAAGGUACCCGCUGUUAUUCGCCGCCCAGCUUCCGCAUACCCGCUAGCCCGACUGAGUCCGAUGAUCUAGACUGUCUCUUGGCAAGUGAUGAACGGCUUCCCUUCGCGUGCGAGGAGCAUCGUCGGGCGUGUCGCGAUAAUGACAAAAUCAAUUCUACUGAGUGCGCCUGUGACAAGGAAGGUGAGAAAUACACAUGUGGAAGGUACCCUAAGUCACUUCCUGGGGUUAUGAUCCUCCGUCCUGCCCGUCUUGUCGAGACAUGGGUGUCAGCUGAAGUCAACGAAUGGCUUCUAGAGUACCACCGGGACAUGGAACUCUGUGGAGACCAAGGGCGGUUCUGGGACGCCUUGUACUCUUCUCCAGAAUAUAGCCUUUGGAAGUUUGACAGAUUCAAGACCGAAUUUCAGCUUUGGUGGAUGAUGGUGCGUCUUACUGUUGGAUACGUUCGGGAUCUAUCUGUGCCACAAUUGGACCCGGAAGGUUGCCGCGACAGGGACAUCCCAGGAGAGGCCCCUAGAGGAUUGUUCCCGGAAGAGGACAUGCGGAGAGUGUUUUUUUCCAGGAGAGGCCUUCCCCCAGGCUUCUUCCCAGAAAACAUUCUUGAAUUGGAAAACUUUGAGGAUGAGGAUUCCACGGAGGAUGAGGAUAUGACCUCUUCUGAUAUGAAACCCCAGAAAACGGCUACUGUUGCAGACAUAUCGUUCAGAAGACGAAAGCAAUUGCGCAUCAUUCGGCAGGAUAUGCUAAUUGAGCUCGCUCAAGGACGUAUGAUGCAUCCUAUCAAGGGUGUCAGUCCUGUCUAG